AUGGCCGCCGAGCACCAAGAGGAGGAGCUUCUUGAUUACGAGGAGGACGAGGUGGAGAACGCCGGCGAUGCCGGGGCCAAGGCGGACGGCCAGAAGAAGGGGUACGUCGGCAUCCACAGCACGUCCUUCAAGGACUUUUUGCUGAAGCCCGAGUUGGUGAAGGCAAUCGAGCACUGUGGCUUUGAGCACCCCAGUGAAGUGCAGCACGAGUGCAUCCCUCAGGCGAUCAUGGGCAACGACGUGCUGUGCCAGGCCAAGUCGGGCAUGGGCAAGACGGCGGUGUUUGUGAUCUCCAUCCUGCAGCAGAUCAAAGUGCAGGAUGACAAGCCGGAGGUGCUGGCGCUGGUGCUGUGCCACACGCGCGAGCUGGCGUACCAGAUCUGCCACGAGUUCACGCGGUUUGCCGAGUUCAUGCCCAACGUCAAGGUGGGCAACUACUUUGGCGGGCUGGACAUCAAGAAGCAGCGGGCGGAGCUCAAGGACCACACGCCGGCAAUCGUCGUGGGCACGCCCGGGCGCAUCAAGCAGCUUGCCAACGAGAAGGCGCUCAACAUGAUGACUGUGCGCCACUUUGUCAUCGACGAGUGCGACAAGGUGCUGGAGAAGCUUGACAUGCGCGGCGACGUGCAGGACAUCUUCAAGAAGACGCCCCACGAGAAGCAGGUCAUGAUGUUCUCCGCCACCCUGGGCCAGGACAUCCGCCCCGUCUGCAAGAAGUUCAUGUCCAACGGGGUGGUGUUCGCGCUCUCUGCGCCGCCUGCUGCGGCGCUGACAGCUGGCCGUGGCAGCCGCGGCCUCGCGGCCCGUCGCGUCUGCGUUGGCACCUGCGUGUGCGGCCUCCACUUGACGGCGUCUGCAGCCGUCGGCAGUGGCGGCGGCCACACGCCCGAUGCCGGGCAGCACGGCGCGCUCCGCAGCCUCCGGGCCUGCCGCACUGAGUGCAGUGUGGCGACGCUGGACCCACUCCCUAUGGAGAUCUAUGUGGAUGACGAGGCCAAGCUGACUCUCCAUGGGCUGGUGCAGCACUACGUGAUGCUGCAGGAGGACGAGAAGAACAGGAAGCUCACGGACCUGCUGGACGCCCUGGACUUCAACCAGGUGGUCAUCUUUGUGAAGAGCGUGCAGCGGGCCAAGGCGCUCAACGCACUGCUCAACGAGUGCAACUUCCCGUCGGUGUGCAUCCACCGCGGCAUGGCCCAGGACGAGCGCAUCAACGUGUACAGCCAGUUCAAGGAGAACAAGGUGCGCAUCCUGGUGGCGACGGACCUGGUGGGCCGCGGCAUUGACGUGGAGCGCGUCAACAUCGUCAUCAACUACGACAUGCCCGUCACGGACGAGUUGCACGGCAACGGCGCGGCUGCCACCGCCACCACCCUCCUGGCCCCAGACACGUACCUCCACCGUGUGGGCCGUGCGGGCCGCUUCGGCACCAAGGGCCUGGCUAUCACCUUUGUGUCCAGCAAGGAGGACAGCGAGGUCCUCAACGCCGUGCAGGAGCGCUUCGACGUGGACAUCAAGCCCCUGCCCAGCAGCAUAGACGCGUCCACGUACAUGAACCAGGCAUGA